UAUAAAACCAAAGGUGUGGUAUGCAUCGUUAUCAAUCACGUUGGCGCUCUAUUGGAUUAUGUUUUGCACGUACCGUUUGAAAAUGAAAUAUGUGACAAAGAAUGAUGUUACCGCUCGUACACGUGUAUUCCCUGGUAUUUCCAUGGUUGAAAUGGUAUGAAGACCACGUACGCGCAUUUAUUUGGCAUGGUGCCGCUGCUCGCUAAAAUUUACGUAUUUUUGAUCGCUGAUCAACCCCGGCCUUCAGCCCAUGCAGGGUUUCUUUAACGUAUGCUCGCUGCUCUCAAAACGGUUAAACAUCCUCAGAAAGUACACCACAACGCUGUCAAUCACGCCAACACAGGUGUACACCAGCAGAUUCUUCUUAGAAUUACCUGCCUUUACCAACCAUUCCUUCUCAAUAAACAGCACUGCGCUGUGCCAAAUUGCUCAGUGCAGCUUUACGUACCAGCUCACGGCUGACACGCUAGAACUGGUAGGAAAUUCCGGCAGUUGCACACUAAAACAGAAAAUAAUGGUUGGUGAGGUGGAUCAGAACGAUUUAUACGUUGACGAACCGUUGAUAAGCUUUGAAUGUCCCGUUGAAUUUGUAAAAUUCGUAAUAAAGCUGGAGGGAAGAUCCACCAUGGAAAUGCGUGUUAGUGAUGAUGGCACGGUACAGUGUGGUGUGCACGAGGUGAUAAACUACAAUUUUACCUUCAAAGCGUGCAAAGUGCGGAUCAGCAAUGUUGAGAGCAUCGAUGUGAAGGUGCGGGUGGGGGAUUUACUGUUUAUGGAGGACCUGCUGGACAACAUGAUGGUGUUCUGCGUUUUUGAGGACUUUUUGCUUGUUUAUUGUUAUGACCAGGGAUCAACGCUGGCGGUGAGGGUUAAUAUUUUGGUUUAGUGCACGGCAUUAUUUCGUAUUUUUGUGGUAGAGGAGAUGCGGUGUGGUCUACCACCGUAUUUAAUGGUUAUAGCCCUUUCCCAUUUAAUGACACGGUUUUUCCGCUAACUAGGCAAAUGAAUUAAACGCUUUGUUUCUACAAAAAAUAAAUACGGCACUGCUCCUUACGUUGUGUU